UCAAUCCACUUUGAAAUUUUCGUUUGUGGUGAUUUUGUGGAAGAAGAUGCUUACAAGAGCGACUGUUGAGACCUGUGGUUUUUUGCCUUGCCAAGUGAAGCUGUGUUCUGGACAUAGAAAAAAACUUUUCUCGAAACAUAUACAGAACCAUAAGUAUUUGUAUUGUAAUACUGUUAUGAAGAGUUCCUUCAAAGGAAGGGAAACUCAAGCAAAGCCAAUCCUUUGGAACAAGGAGCAACAACACAACCGAAGAGCUUUCGUUAUUUCCAUCGCUCAAGUACUAUUAUUGGGAUUGCUGAAGCCAGGAAAAAGUUAUGCUGAGGAACAUAACUUUGCUGAAAUUUGGACAAAGCGAGUAUUUCCAAAAGCGGGUUACAACUCUCCAGAGGCCUUGACCAGUGAAUCAGUGGAGCUGGAUUCAGAUGCUAUGAAAGAUCCACAAGUAAAAAAGGGUAUAGAAAAUUUGAAAGCAUAUCGUAACAAGGUCUUGGAUAUGUGUAGUGCCUUUCAACAAAACCCACAGAUGGAGAUACAGCAGCUGAUAAGAGAAGGCUUCAACGUUGCUCAACUGCGGGAUGAUCUCAACAAAGCAAAUCGAGUAUUUAAUGAAGAGACACAAAUAACAACUGAUCGUUUUGUGAGAAACAUUCUUCAAGAUGUAAACGAACUCGAGUCGGUUUCAGGACUGCUCGACGACAAAACAAGGACUCGUAGGAAAAUUGAAAAUACUCAGAAGUGGCUGAAAAAGUUGUAUCAUGACUUUGAUCGUUUUUUAGCCUUAUAUCCAUAGUCGUUCAAGAGGUAUAGGGUUUAUCGGGUCAUCAGCUCAUUGGUUUUGGAAGGAAUGAGAAAUAAAAUGAUUUGGGUAGAAAAUAUUCGGGUUCCUUGCGAAUAGGUUCUAGAAACUUA